AUGAGUCAACAACGAAGGCGACGUAUGGCUGAAAACUAUUUAGUCAUAUGGGUUGAUGGAAAUAUUAAUAUAGAACAUGAAGAUUGUCAGCAUACUCUCUCACAACUGCGAGGUGUUGUCAAUGAAGUGAAGAUUUGCAGCAAGGCAAAAGAAUGCAUUGAAUUACUCAAUGGAAAUAAGCUGGAGACAUGUUUCGUUAUCUCCUCUGGUGAACUUGGACAAGCUCUUAUACCAAAUAUUCACGGAAUGGAAAAUCUUGAUACUAUAUAUAUCUAUUCUCGCAACAAGGAACUUCAUAUAGAAUGGGCUAAACAUUGGACAAAAAUUAAUGGUGUCCACGACUCAAUCAAGUCCAUAACCGAAGCAUUGCAAGUAGGUGUCAAGCAAUGCAAUCAAAAUAAUACAAUAAUCAGUAUCAUUAGUAGCGAUGUAGAUGGUUCUAUUGAAAAACUCAAUCAGCUAGAACCAUCUUUCAUGUAUACUCAAAUCUUCAAGGAAAUACUCCUUGAUAUGGAACAUGAUCAACAAGAUAUCAAAGAUUUGGUCACCUUCUGGCAACAACAAUAUCAAGGUAAUGAAAAAGCACUCAAAAUUAUUGAUGAAUUUCAAGAUACUUAUCGUCCAUCGAAUGCUAUUUGGUGGUAUACCAGCCAAUGUUUUACUUACCAAAUCAUUAAUCAAGCAUUACGAACGCUAGAUGGUGACAUUAUUAUCAGAAUGGGAUUUUAUUUAUGUGAUGUCCACCGACAAAUUGAAGAACUGUACAACAAACAAAUUAAUCAAUAUCAUGGUAAGACAUUCCUACUUUAUCGAGGGCAGGGGCUACAGACGGCAGACUUCGAAAAGAUUACUAAAAGUAAAGGUGGACUCAUUUCGUUCAAUACCUUUUUAUCCACCAGUAAAGAUCGAGAUGUGUCUCUCGUUUUCGCCAAUGGUGCCUUAGGAGCACCAGAUAUGGUCGGUGUUCUUUUUCAAAUGACCAUCGAUCCAACAAAAUCAUCUACUCCAUUCGCUUCAAUCCGAGAAGUGAGUUAUUAUCAGGAAGAAGAGGAAAUACUCUUCUCCAUGCAUACAGUUUUUCGAAUUGGCGAAGUGCGAAAAAUCGACCCGAAGAAUCCACUUUAUGAAGUGGAUCUCAAACUCACAGCAGAUGACGAUCAACAACUACAUCAAUUAACCAAUCGUAUACGACAAGAAACAUGUGGUCGCACUGGGUGGGAUCGAAUGGGUCAAUUGCUGGUUCGAAUAGGCCAAUUUGACAAGGCCGAAGAAUUGUACACAGCAUUACUAGAACAGGCCUCCGAGGACAGCGAUAAAGCACAUAUCUAUCACAAUUUAGGUAUAGUGAAAUCCCAACAAGGCCAAUAUGAAAAAGAUAUCACGUUUUACGAAAAAGCCCUCGAAAUCAGUCGGAAAACUCUCCCAGAAGAUCACCCUUCACUAGCUAAUACCUACAACAACAUUGGUGCAGCGUAUAACAAAAUGGGUGACUACUCGAAAGCACUUGAAUAUUACGAAAAAGCACAUAAAAUAAAAGAAAAAGCUUUGUCUCCGGAUGAUCUCGAUUUGGCUCUUUCCUACAGCAACAUCGGUGUAGUUUAUGACGACAUGGGUGAAUACUCGAAAGUACUUGAAUUUUACGAAAAAGCACUUAAAAUAAGAGAAAAAGCUCUUCCUCCGUAUCAUCCCGAUUUGGCUAUUUCCUACGACAACUUUGGUACAGUGUAUAAGAGCAUGGGUAACUACUUGAAAGCAUUUGAAUUUUACGAAAAAGCGAGUAAAAUCUUCGAAAAAUCUCUGCCUCCGAAUCAUCCCGAGUUGGCUACUGCCUACAACAACAUUGGUACGGUGUAUAAAAACAUGGGUGACUACUCGAAAGCACUUGAAUUUCACGAAAAAUCACAUAAAAUCUGGGAAAAAGCUCUGCCUCCGAAUCAUCCCUCAUUGGCUACUUCCUACAACAACAUCAGUCAAGUGUAUAACAGCAUGGGUGACUACUCGAAAGCACUUGAAAUUUACGAAAAAGCACAUCAAAUCUUCGAAAAAUCUGUGUCUCCGAAUCAUCCCGAUUUGGCUGCUUCCUACAACAACAUUGGUCUAGUGUAUUUAGACAUGGGUGACUACUCGAAAGCACUUGAAUUUUACGAAAAAGCACUUAAAAUCUACAAAAAAUCUGUGUCUCCGAAUCAUCCCUCAUUGGCUGCUUCCUACAACAACAUUGGUUCAGCGUAUAACGACAUGGGUGACUACGCGAAAGCACUUGAAUUUUACGAAAAAUCACAUAAGAUCUUAGAAAAAACUCUACCUGCGAAUCAUCCUAAUUUGGUUUUUCCAUACAACUGGUUCGGAAAGAUUUAUCGCAGUAUAAAAGAUUACCCGAAAGCACUUGAGAAUUUCGAAAAGUGUCUCUCAAUCUUUCAAAAUGCUUUACCUGAAGGACAUCCUCAUCAGGCGAUUACAUACAGUAAUAUUGGUGAUGUUCAUCGAUUAACGGGUGAUUAUGAAAAAGCACUUUCAUUUCAUCGAAAAGCAUUAAAUAUUCAAGAAAAUCUUCAAUGUAAUCCUCUCGAAUGUGCAUUGACAUAUAUAAAUUUAGGUGAAACAUAUCGAGAAAUGAAAGAUUAUUCCACAGCAUUGACAUAUUUUCAAAAAGGAUUAGAAAUACGUCAAAAGAAUUUACCAAAAGAUCAUCCUGAUUUAGCUAUUGUAUAUCACAAUAUAGCAAAAUUAUAUUUAUCUACUCGAAAAUAUAGUAUGGCAAUGAAAAAUGUUCAACAAGCGGUAGAAAUUGCUCAAGAAAAAUUACCUUCAACUCAUCCAGAUCUUUUGGAAUAUACAGAAACAUUUGAAAAAAUUCGAAGAAAAAUGUAA